AUGAGUAAAUUUUAUUUUGGUGGAGGAUCGGGUGAUGUUUCCUCAGAUGACGAGGACAAUCUCCCAUAUCCAGAAGCCCUUCCCCGAAGCGAUUUUUUGGCUCCAACUUUUGACGCACCAACCUACCUCUCUACGUUAUCAGAUCGUCACCAGACCCUCGAGGAUUUGCGUUCCGACCUUCGUGAGCGUUCACAGGCUCUUUCAAAAGAAUUAUUAGACUUGGUAAAUACCAAUUAUGAGCAAUUUCUAAGCUUGGGCUCGGACCUCAAGGGUGGAGAAGAGAAGGUUGAAGAUGUUAGGGUGGGGCUAUUGGGGUUUAAAAGAGGUGUUGAGGAUGUGAGAGGGAAGGUCAGAGAAAGAAAAUCGGGAGUUGAGGGUCUUCUUGAUGAAAAGAAAGGUAUUACUAAGGAGAUAGCUUUGGGAAGAAAAUUGCUAGAGGUUGAUUCACGACUUGAAGAACUAGAGGAUAGAUUAAUGGUUGCGUCGCUUGGUCGAUCACCAAAUGGUCAUGAAGAUUCUUGGAGUGAAGAUGAAGACGAAGAUGGAGACGACGAAGACGACGAAGACGACGAACUGGUCAUUGAUGGUGUUGUCAACGGGACCAGUACGAAGAAGCUUCAAAGAUUUGUGUUGGACUAUCGGAAUGUUGAGCAUCUGUCAACCACGAUCGGGCUGGAGCAUCCAUUCAUCGCAGCCCAGCAACCUCGAUUAUUACGGCUGAAAAACACUAUUGUUUUGGACCUAAAUACUGCCUUAAAGCAAACAAUGUCUCUAAAGGAAGAGGGCAAACCACGAUUGAUCAAAAUCAUGGGAAUAUACCGUGAUCUGGGAGCUGGCGAUGAAGCAGUCAAGGUGUUGAGAGGUGUCAAAUUAACUCAAUAA